AUGACUACUACUGUGCCUAAGAUCUAUGCCUUCCAUGAGUUCUCUCAAGUGGCAGAUGCUGUUGCUGACUACGUGGUAUACGCCCAAAACCAUGCCCUAUUGAAAAAUGUAAAGAAUGAUAGAAAACAUUCUAAUAUCUCGUUACACAGUGUCAACAAUGAUGACGAUAGCAAUAACUCAAGUAGUACUGUUCCUGCAGGUAAUUUGAAUUUUGCUAAAUCGGAAUCAUCUCAAUUGUUGAACAAGGAAAAUAAUAAUUCGGCUGUAAAAUCAACUAAAAGCUUAUCCUCAGUUUCAGGAAGUUCGAAAUUUAGCAAAGCUAAAAAGGAUCCAAGAUUUAAAAUCGCUCUUUCUGGUGGUUCUCUGAUUCAAGUUUUACAUGAAGGUCUGUUGAAGAGAGAUGAUGUACAAUGGGGUAAGUGGGAUAUUUAUUUUGCAGAUGAAAGAUUGGUUCCUUUCGAAUCAGAACACAGUAAUUAUGGUUUAGCUAAAAGAAAAAUUUUCGAUAUGAUAGAAACUGAGAAAUUCGGUAAACCAAAUAUUUACCAUAUUGAUGAAAGCCUGAUAGAUGAUCCACAAGAAUGUGCCGAUGAUUAUGAAAAGAUUUUAAUAAAAGGUUUCGCAGGUAGGGAUUCUGUCAAAUUACCCAUGUUUGACUUAUUCCUAUUAGGUUGUGCUCCUGAUGGGCAUAUUGCUUCUUUAUUCCCAAACUUUCAAGAAAAUUUACGUGAAAAAUUAGCUUGGGUCGUGCCUGUCACUGGUGCUCCUUCAGGUCCAACUGAAAGAAUCUCUCUAACAAUCCCAGUCAUCUGCCAUUCUCACAGAUUAGCCUUCGUUGUCGAAGGUGCUACAAAAGCCCCAGUAUUGAAAACAAUUAUGGAAAGACCAGAAAAGGGUUUGCCAAGUAGUAUCGUCAAUGAAGGUGCUGCUGGCCGUGUAUCAUGGUUUGUUGAUGACGAUGCUUUAUCAGAUGUUUUUGUGACUAAGAAGACUUAUAAAUAUCGUUCAAACCAGUCUAAUGAAUUGGGAUUAUAA